AUGCCGAAGAAAACCAUGAAAAGUAGCAGUCAUCGUGGAGCCUGGCCCGCCCCUAAAAGGGGCAAGGCCAGAUCUGUCGCAAAGCGGCCUUCCAAGAAAGUCGUGUCCAAAUUCGCCAAGAUCCCCUAUGUGCGUCAUGGGACCCCAAGUACAGUCAGUAGGCCGAGUCGUGAGCGGUGGGGCCGUUCCAUCCAGAGGUUCGCCUCCAUGAAAUAUCCAAGUCUUGUUCGUCUUCUUCGGCAAGAUCAAAUUAUCCCCGAAUGGAGCAACCGGCCAUGUCCGCAUUGUGGAGCGGGCAAGUUGAACAAGCUUACGUUCUACCCGUAUCGGAAAGUUUGGGCGCACAGAUGCAGUGCGAAGUUUUGCCAAAAGUAUGUCCAACCCCCCGAAUUUCAUCCCAUUUUUGUUCAGGGAGCUGGUGCCAGCCAAACCAGUCUUCAGACACAGGCCUCCAUCCUCCUGUGCGCCACUGCCGCCGUGCCCCAGCAUUGCGUGUCCAAGAUCAUGGAUGUCAACGACAAGAUUGUAUCGCGCAUCUACAACAACCUUGACAUCGCACGUGCACGCUUCGUACUCGCACAUGAGAAACACAUACAGUAUGGUGGGAGUCCUCGUUGGGUGGAUGUGGAGGCUGACGAGGUCGAUUUGGGCAAAGGGUUAGUGGAAAACAAUGACAAGCGCAAGUUGAACACAAGGUGGGAGCAGUGGUUGGGAGUGGUUCAACGUGGUUCACCCGCAAGUCUUCGUCUCAUCAGGCUCGAACCGCCGCUCACAAAAGCGCGAUCCCCCGGACCAGGACCCAUCAGGAAACGUGAUUGGAAACCAGUGGCCAAACAGUAUUUGGAGGGCAAGAGAAUCGUGCUCCACACGGAUGGUGCGAGAGCAUACAAGCUAAAGCUAGAUCAAGUGGAGCAUUGCAAUGUAGUGCACAAGAAAAAGAAAGUGAAGGUGAACGGCAAGGUCAUGUGGGUGAAGCCGCAUUACACCAAAGUGCACAGCCUGUCUUUGCCAGACGGCAACAAGCUCAAGGUAAAGAGUGGGACGCAGAUAAUCGACAGAUGUUGGCAGCACCUACGUUCCCACCUGAAGUACGCUCCUCGUUUCCCCGGCAACGAUGUCAUGAUUCGCAAGAUCCGCAGCGCGCAGUGGGUGUAUUGGCAAAAGGGGAAGAGUUUGUGGACAGCAACAGGGGCAAUGAUGAAGUUUCUGUGCAUGUGA